ACGGUCACCGAUGUGACCGAUGCCACUUUAUGGUUAAGUCAAAGCGUAAAUGUAAAAAGAUUAUGUGAAAUAGCAAGUUUAGGAACUAUUAGGAUUAGUAUUUUUCAUAAUUUAAAUUUUGUAUAACUUGUUGACAUGAUUUAAAUAAAAGUAAUAUCUAGGUAUUAUGCGAACAUUCCAUUAAGUAUUAUAGUGACGUAAGAUUAAAUAGAUAAAAGAAAAUUUUGAUUGCCAAAAUGAUGCAAUUCAUGUUGCUAUUCAGUCGACAAGGGAAGCUAAGACUUCAAAAGUGGUAUGUGGCACAUCCAGACAAGCUAAAGAAAAAGAUUACUAGGGAGCUUAUAACCACUGUACUGGCACGCAAGCCUAAAAUGUGCUCUUUCUUGGAAUGGAAGGAUGUUAAAGUUGUUUAUAAAAGAUAUGCAUCAUUGUACUUCUGCUGUGCCAUGGAACAGGAGGACAAUGAACUUUUAACUCUGGAAUUGAUUCAUAGAUAUGUAGAGCUGCUUGAUAAAUACUUUGGCAGUGUAUGUGAACUGGACAUCAUAUUCAACUUUGAAAAAGCUUAUUUCAUCCUCGAUGAGCUAGUGCUGGGUGGUGAACUGCAAGAGACCAGUAAGAAGAAUGUUCUUAAAGCCAUCGCUGCCCAGGAUCUUCUGCAAGAGGAGGAGACCCCACAAGGCUUCUUCGAGGACCAUGGGCUCGGAUAAACGACAGCAGUCUCGUUUGGAAGAAACAGCAGGGGUGAAUUUUGUACAUUGCUUAGAGGUAAAGAAUACAUACAUACAGAAAGAAACACAAUAUUUUUACAUAAAACUUGUCUACGUUUAAUAUAUUGCACAAAAUAUGAAGAUUUUUUUUUUCUGUACAAACAUUUUUGUAAUUAAUUAGUAAUAUUUUACUGUAUAAGUACUUAAAAAAGUAUGUAUUCUUUCUGUUUAAGCACUACAUUAUACUUUGCAUUUUCAGUAGUUGCUAAGAAAUAUUUUUAAAGCUUUGCAUUAAAAUAUAAUCCGUAAAAUAUAAUUGUAUUCCGUAAAUUUAAUAAUUAUACUUUUAUUAGAAAAUGAUGCUUAUUUAUCUGUCCAAGACUAGUGUACUUAGUUUAUAUAUCUUAGGUGAAAAGUUGUCUUAUGCAUAAUUUCUGUUGGUUGUUUUACUUCAAGCGGAUUAAGUUAAUUAUCUAUAUGAAUUAAUGAACUUAAUGUUAUUAAAGUUUAACAUUUUUUUAUCUAUACUUAUACAAGUAGUCGGACUGAACUAAAUGAGUAAUAUUGCCAAAAAAUGUUACUUGGAACAAUAGAAUUAAGUUGAACGAAACAGUUGCAUUUCUUAUCAGCUGGAUAAUUAACAAUCGAAAAUUGGAUUAAACGAUCACGAUAAUAGCGAAUGAGAUGCAAAAUAUACGUGUCUCGUUCGUUUAUUACACGUUCAGUCGUGAUAUAUACUAAUAAAUAUUUUUAAUCUGUUUUCGAUGUGAAAUUAGAUGGCUGAUUGCAUUAUCACUGUUUUUACGACUUGAAAUAUUUAAUAUUGACAUACUUGGUAGCUAAAAUAUUUUUUAUAUAAAUUCAAAUAUGGAAAAGAGUAUUCUCUAUAAAAAAUUUGAAGCGUGUGUAAUUGUUUAUCUGAAGUACUCGUUACUGUUUUUUUGCGUUUCUCUCGUUGAAUCCAAAGAAGUUUUACGUUUUAAAAUUGUUACAAUUACUAUCAUGAUAAAAACUUUUAGAAUGUUCUUUGUUGACAGCAAAUCAGACCGUAAACUUAACAGUUAGUUUUCGUUUAUUAGAUAUAAAUGUUAUUUGACGAUUUUGUACGUCCACAGGUUUAGUUGAUUAGAUUAAGAGUAUCUGUUUGAGACUAUACUUACAUAUUCCUCUGAAGUAAAAAAUCUAUACACUGUUAUAUACUUAGAAUAUUUCUGAUUAAACUUCAAGUAUCUUCAUAUCUUCAAUCCAUAUCUCAGUUUAAAGUUUAGCUGAUAAACUUUCCGGCCUAAACUAAACUACUGAUUCCUAGAUUAUAUUCGCAUAAAUUAGCUGUAACUAUUUUUAAAUAAUAAACCGUUAUAUAUGAC